UAUUGGCAUGAUAAAGGCUUGAUGAAUCAGUAAUGUAAUAUUGAUUGAGUAGUGCUUGGCAAUUUCUAUAUUUCCAAGUGGACACUUACCCAAUCACAGUUAAUAAGACCAUGGAAGAGUAUUACUCUUGUAGCUGCUGUCUGGUGCGCCCUCCGGACAAAGGCCUCAAGACACUAUACAAUCAUCUUGGCAAAGCAGAGAUAUAUGAUGAUAUGCUGAGAGAAUGCUUCGGUUUAAAUCUAAGUUUAGGAAAUGAGGAGUGCGGGAUCUGUGAGGUGUGCGUGGGGCGGCUGCGGGACGCGAGCGACUUCAAGCUGCAAGUGCAACGCGUGCAGGACGUGCUGCACAAGCGGCUCACGGGAGCGCUCCCUGCCACUGCAGGUGACAACAUCCAUAUCAAGUUAGAGAUAUCAACUGGAGAUGACGCCAUUAGCGGGAUCAAGCAGGAAAGGUCGGAGGAGGAGGAGACAGCAGAGGCUGACAGCAACAUCGUAUCAGUUGCAUUACACGAAGGAUCGGCAGCGCCUUUUGCUCAAACCGUUCCUACCGCGUCCUACAGCGUCUCGUACGCACCAGCUCCAAACGUUACCAGGCGCCGCUCCCACACUGGAGAGAAACCUUACGCGUGCAAUAUAUGCGACAAAAGAUUUGGACAGAAGGGCCAUUUAAAUGUUCAUUACGCAAAUCAUAUAGGAAAAUUCCAAUUUUCUUGCGAAAUAUGCAAAAGGGGAUUCGUACACAAACAUCAAUAUAUUACUCAUAUGCGAAUGCAUACUGGUGAAAAACCAUACGUAUGUGAUAUGUGCAACAAGAAAUUUAGAAAUAAAGGCCAAUUAAACCAACAUAAAAAUACUCAUGUGAAAUAUGAUCAGAAUCGCGUUGAGCCAGGAGAAAUAACUACAUGCAAAAAAGAGCCGUCAGAAGAAUCAGAAGAUCAAGGACCCGCAAAAUAUUUUGCGUGUGAUAUAUGCAAAAAGCAAUUUGUGGAUAAAGACUAUUUAGACGCUCAUUCCAAACAUCACUCUGGAGAUUAUCCGUUCACUUGCGACAUUUGUGCUAGGAAAUUUAAUACGCAGUUUGCUUUGAAUAAUCAUAAAGUUGAUCACUCGGGAGGGAGACCUUUUAAGUGUGAAAAAUGUAAUAAAGGGUACUCAACGAAAGGUGCUUUAACUAUACAUUUGAAAGUUCACACUGAGGAUUAUAAGUUUGCAUGUCAUCUGUGUAGUAAAGGAUUCAUAACAAAGGAGUUAUUUAAUGUACAUAUGCGCGUACACACAGGGGAAAAACCUUAUACCUGUUUAACUUGUGAAACUAAGUUCCGCUAUAGAUAUAGCUUGAAGAAACAUUUAUUUGAGAAACACAACCAAGUUAUGGACAAACAAUUCAGUUGUGAUACUUGUGGGAAACGAUUUGCAUUGCAGGAGAUUUUAGUAAAACAUAUGAACAAACACAAAGUCCAGACUGAGAAGGAAAGGAGGAAGAAGGAGAAGAUGGAAAAGGAGAAGAAGAAGGAAACCGCGGAUGAAAAGAAAGAACUAGCAUUUAUGUGUGAAAUAUGUAGCAAGCGAUUUUCGACUUUAGGUAUUCUAAAUACCCAUAGAUUUAUACACAAAGAAGAAAAACCUUUCGAGUGUGAAGUAUGUCAUAAAAAAUACCGAACGAAGACGAAUUUACUGGACCACAUGCAGGUGCACGAAGAAAAAAAACACUCGUGUGAAGUAUGCGGACAGCCAUUCAGACAUAAGUCUGCCUUGAAUGUUCAUAUCCGACGGUUUCACUCCGAAAACAGACCACAUGUUUGCGAUAUUUGUAAAAAAGCUUUUGUAGUUCUUGCUCAACUGAAAGAGCAUCAUCGGGUACACACUGGAGAGAAACCGUAUGCUUGCGAAAUAUGCUAUAAGAAAUUUCCGUGGCAAAACGGGGUUAAAAGACAUCUUAAACAAGUUCACAAUGAGAAACCUACGAGAUUUAUCAAAUUUACAGAAUUGGAUAAAUAUGACUAAAUUAAAAGUGACUUGUUGUGUAAAAGACAUUGUAUACAAGAUGGCCUUGACAAAAACCACCCGUUUUUAGAGUCAUCAUUUAAUCCCUUUAUAGUUUUG